AUGAAGAACCAAAUUAGUUCUACGUGCUUUGCCCUCUUCUUGUUUAUUCUUCUUACAAAGUGGCCAAGUGUUGAAGCUCAAACUUGCAAGCCUAGUGGCACGAUAAGGGGCAAAAAGGCUCCUCAGGGACAAUGCAACAAAGACAACAACUCUGAAUGUUGUGUUCAAGGCAAGCCUUACACCAUUUACAAGUGUUCACCACCAGUGUCUAGCCAUACAAAGGCCAAGCUAACAAUCAACAGCUUUGCGAAAGGUGGCGAUGGUGGUGCACGAGCUGAAUGUGACAAUAAGUUUCACCCUGAUAACACCCCUGUGGUGGCACUGUCAACUGGAUGGUUCAACAAUAAGCAUAGAUGUUUGAAUUAUAUCACCAUCCACGGAAACGGAAGGAGCGUCAAGGCCAAGGUGGUUGAUGAAUGUGAUUCUACUAUGGGAUGCGAUGCCGACCAUGAUUACCAGCCUCCAUGUCCUAACAAUAUUGUUGAUGCCUCUAAGACUGUUUGGAAGGCAUUAGGAGUACCACAAAAUGAUUGGGGUGAAUUAGAUAUUUACUGGUCUGAUGCUUAA